CCGCGCCGCCCGCGGAGGCCGCGCCAGGCUGCCCUCACCUGGCAUGGCCACUCAGCUCGCGCCCAACCGCGGGCCUGACGCCGCCGCGAGCCGGCCCGCAGCCGGCCAGGUUCCGGAGGCGCCGCUCCGGACGCAGCCUCUCCCCGGCCCCGCCCGCCUUGCCGCUCCGCUCCCCUCCCCCGGUCCCACGCCCGCGGCGGCGGCAGGAGCCCGGAUGCGGCGCCGGGAGACGGCGCGGGGAGCGGCGCGGAUGGAUCCAACAUGGCGGCGCCGAGCCUGAGCCUGGGUGUAGUGGGGAUCGCAGCUGCCAGGCAGGGAUUCUGGGACGCGUUGCGCACCUGAGCCCCCGGCAUGGCGGGGCUGAAGCGGCGGGCGAGCCAGGCGUGGCCGGGAGAGCGUGGCGAGCAGGAGCACGGGCUGUACAGCCUGCACCGCAUGUUUGACAUCGUGGGCACCCACCUGACACACAGAGAUGUGCGCGUCCUUUCCUUCCUCUUCGUUGAUGUCAUCGAUGACCGUGAGCGUGGCCUCAUCCGGAAUGGACGUGACUUCUUAUUGGCGCUUGAGCGCCAGGGCCGCUGUGAUGAGACUAACUUCCGCCAAGUGCUGCAGCUGUUGCGCAUCAUCACUCGCCACGACCUGCUGCCCUACGUCACCCUCAAGAGGAGGCGGGCUGUGUGCCCUGACCUUGUAGACAAGUAUCUGGAGGAGACAUCAAUUCGCUAUGUGACCCCCAGAGCCCUCAGUGAUCCAGAACCAAGGCCUCCCCAAACCCCUAAAACAGUGCCUCCUCACUAUCCUGUGGUGUGCUGCCCUUCAGGCCCUCAGAUGUGUAGCAAGAGGCCAGCUCGAGGGAGAGCCACACUUGGGAGCCAGCGAAAACGCCGAAAGUCAGUGACACCAGAUCCUAAGGAAAAGCAGACGUGUGACAUCAGGCUGCGGGUCCGGGCCGAAUACUGCCAGCAUGAGACUGCUCUGCAGGGCAACGUCUUCUCCAACAAGCAGGACCCACUUGAGCGCCAGUUUGAGCGCUUCAACCAGGCCAACACCAUCCUCAAGUCCCGGGACCUGGGCUCCAUCAUCUGUGACAUCAAGUUCUCUGAGCUCACCUACCUCGACGCUUUCUGGCGCGACUACAUCAACGGCUCGCUCCUGGAGGCACUGAAAGGCGUCUUCAUCACAGACUCGCUCAAGCAGGCGGUGGGCCACGAAGCCAUCAAGCUGCUGGUGAACGUGGACGAGGAGGACUACGAGCUGGGCCGGCAGAAGCUCCUGAGGAACUUGAUGCUGCAGGCCUCGCCCUGACCUUCCCUCCUGGGACUGGUCCCGGCACUCGCCUCUGGAGCGUACACACUGUCCUGGGGUUUUUCUCUCCCUUCCAACCAAUCACACCCCUGCCUUUUUUUUUUUAAGGAAAA